AUGGGCCGGACCUGCCGCGAGUCCCAUUUUUAUUACUACGGCAUCAAAUUCGCGCUCUCCGCCUACGCCACGCUCUUCUCGCUGCUGGGGCUGGCGCUGCUGGCGCUGGGCGCCUACGCCGAGGCGGAGCGGCAGCGGCUCCGCACCCUCGAGGGGAUUUUCCUGGCGCCGGCCGUGCUGCUGCUGCUGCUGGGCUCCUGCGUCCUCCUGGUGUCCCUGGUGGGCACCGUGGGCAGCCUGCGCGACAACCGCGCCCUGCUCCGCGCGUUCUUCUGGGUGCUGCUGCUGAUCUUCCUGACGGAGCUGCUGCUCAUCCUGGUGGAGAUCGUCUUCGAGAGCAAGAUGAACGAGGUUUUCCACUCCAACAUCCAGGAGGGAAUCCGGCACUACUACGACGACCUGGACUUCAAAAAUAUCCUGGAUUUUGUGCAGGAAAAGUUUUCCUGCUGUGGAGGGGAUGAGUUCCGGGAUUGGGAGGUGAACCAGUACCACCGGUGCAACGGCAGCGGCGCCCUGGCCUGCGGGGUGCCCCACUCCUGCUGCGUCCGAGGGGCUCCCGGGGCAGUUGUGAACACCCUGUGCGGGUACCGCGCCCUGGACAAGGAGCGCCUGGAGCUGCUGGGCACCAUCCACGUGCGGGGCUGCAUCCACGCCGUGGGGCUCUGGCUCAAGGACAACUUCCAGGCCACCCUGGCCAUCGUCUGCGCCCUGCUGCUGCCCCAGGUGCUGGGGCUGGUCCUGGCCUGGCUGCACUGGCAGCAGCUGAACCAGCUCCGCUCCCGCUGCGAUUCCGUGGAUGCCGGGCCAGGCCCGGGCACGGCCCCGCUGGACCUGAGCGGAGCCGGCUGCUGCUGGUGCCUGCCCCGGGAGGGCGGCUACGGGAACACCGGGAAUAACGGGAACAACGGGAGCAGCGGGAGAAAUGGGAACAAUGGGAACGGCAGGAGCAACGGGAACGACGGGAACACCGGGAACAACGGGAAUAAUGGGAACAAUGGGAACGGCAGGAGCAACGGGGACAGCUGGAAUAACGGGAAUAACGGGAACAAUGGGAACACCUGGAAUAACGGGAACGGCGGGAGCAACGGGAGCAAUGGGGACAGCUGGAACGAUGGGAACAACAGGAUGGAAUGGAACAACGGGAACAACAGCUGGAAUGGUGGGGACACCAGGAAUAACAGGAAUGAUGAGAAGACCGGGAAUAACGGGAAUAAUGGGAACAAUGGGAACACCUGGAAUAACGGGAAUAACUGGAAUAGUGGGAAUAACUGGAACGACGGGAAUAAUGGAAACAGCAGGAGCACCAGGAAUAAUGGGAAUGACGAGAACACCACAAGCAACGGGAACACCGGGAAUAAUGGGAACACCGGGAGCAACGGGAGCACCGGGAAUGCCGGCUGGGAGGAUGAGGAGGAUGAGGAUGAGGAGGAGGAAGGAGCUGCCUGCCUCCUCAGAGUGUGA